CAGGUUUCUCUCUCACGCGCGGUUUGUUUCCGAAAUUCCGAAUUACACGAGUGUGUACAUGUGGUCUAACCCAAAUGAAAGUAGUUGAAAGAGUUUUUCAAGUCAUUCGGUGUCGCAGCGAAUAUGAAUACCUUGGAAAAUGUGAUUCAGAUAGUGGGAAGCAACACCAAGAAAGCAGAGAAUUAUUUGAGCGCGCAAAAUAACGUAGCUCUACAAUUUCAACAAUCCACAAAACUUCUUUACGACUUCACAAAGCAUGAGGCAAAGCGUAACACAGCAGCCCUCCCAGAGCUCGUUAUUCAGGACUUCGAUGAGGAGCAAAUUUGGCAACAGCUGGAGAUCCAAAACGAGGUAGAAUUGACGCAUUUUUUGACCGGGGUCUCCCGAGUAUUAGCGGGCAGCAGCCAAUUGUCGUUACCUGUCAGUUCGUCGAAGGCAGAGGAGCCUUUGAAUUCCAAAAAUGCACAUUCCCCUGAAGAUGCUGAAAACGAGGAAGAAUCGGAGGAAAUGCUCGAGGGAAGCGGAUCAGACAGCGACGAUAUGGAUUUGGACAUCGACGUGGACGGAAACUUGAACAAAACGAAGAAAGUGGCGAAAGUACCGAAGAAGCCAUCAGUUGUUGACGAUAAAUUCUUCAAGCUGGAGGAGCUCGACGAGUACCUAAUGAAAGAAGAGAAAAAGGAAUCUAAACUUCACCCAAAUCCCGAUGAAUCUGAUGAAUCUGACGACGAGCCAGUGGAUUUAUUCAACGACGAUUCAGGAAUGGAAGAGGACGACGACGACGAGGCGAAAAUGGUGAAGUACGCUGGUUUCUUCGACAGUCCAGAGAGCGAUAACGAACAUGAAGCCACGAAUGAUGAGACCAAUGAAUCGCUUGUUCACUCAGACGCCGAAAAUGACCGAAUUAAGGGGCAUAAAGGCCCCAAGAACAGUGAAACCCUGGAAAAGGGGGAGAAAUCUGGCGAGAAAAGGGUAAAGUUCAACCUGACGAAUGACUCAGAUGACUCGGAUAGUAUUGAGCACUCAAAGAUUGAGGGUGAAGAGCCAACGUCGACGUUGGAGGCUCGACAAGAGAGAUUACAAAAACGUAUAAAAGAAUUGGAAGAGCAAGCGUUGUCGGAAAAACCUUGGCAGUUGAAGGGAGAAAUUGCAGGAUCGAGUCGUCCUCAGAAUUCGCUGUUAGAGGAGUUCGUUGAGUUUGACAUUACCUCUCGUCCAGCUCCAGUCAUCACCGAGCAGACGUCACUGAAGUUGGAGGACAUAAUUAAACAGAGAAUUAAGGAUAAAGCUUGGGACGAUGUUCAAAAGAAGUUCAAACCCGUGGAGACGCCAGUGGAGUACAAGAAAAAAUUGGUCAUGGAUCAAGAGAAGAGUCAGAAGAGUUUGGCUCAGAUUUAUGAAGACGCGUAUCUGAAGCAAAAGGAGGCGCUCAGCGGGAGUGUCGAGGAGAAGGAAGAGGAGGAGCCGAAGGAGCACAAGGAAAUUAGGGAGCUGAUGCAUUCGUUGUUCACGAAACUUGACGCUUUGUCCAACUUUCAUUACACGCCGAAGCUGGCUCAGCCUGAAAUUAAGAUCAUUAGUAAUAUUCCGGCUAUUAAUAUGGAGGAAGUGGCGCCGGUGGCAAUAAGUGAUGCUGCGCUGUUGGCUCCUGAAGAAGUUAAAGAUAACGCACGUGGUGACAUAAUUGGAAAAUCAGAGAGAACGAAAACAGACAUGAAGAGAGCAAGGAGAAAGAAAAAGCUGGCCCAGCGCGAGAAGCAAAAGGCCAGUGAAAAGAAAGAAAGAACAUUGGGCGAUCUCCUCGAGAUGAAGAAAAAUAAAUUAGCCAAGAGCAAAAAAUCGUCAAAGAGUGCGCAGGAUUCUGCAAUUAAAAAACUAACGAAGGACAGAAAUAUCUCAAAGAUCAACGAAGCUUCUCAGAGAGUUCCAAAAUCCUCCACGGCAUUCUUCACACAGCUGCAAGAUGAAGUCUCGAGUCAUAUCAAAUCGAAGAGUAGUAAACCAACGAAGAAGAAAGAGAAAGCAGCGCACUCGGCUAUUAAGUUAAAAUUGUAAAUUUUUAUACAUGAAUGAAAAUGAAAAAUAAUGAAAGGAAUGAUUACGCUA